ACUGAGGUCACAGGAGCAGUAGGUCAGAGCUUGGGGGCACGGGAGGAGUGCCACUCUGGAGCCCACUGGCACACCUGUUGAGAUGGAGUCCUCAGAUGGGCAAGGGGAUGAAGAGGACAAACCGCAGGAGAAGGUGAUGGAUGCACCCUGCUUGGAGAAGAGCUCCAGCACCAUCCCCGCUGGAGACUCACUUGUGUGCCAUGCCAAGGGCCUGGACCAGUGUACCUUCAGAAUUUGUAAAGAAUGUCUAAGGCCAUUAAAGAAGUGCCUGCGAAAGUUGUACCUGCCCCAGGACCUUCCCCAGAAGAAGAAGCUAAAGUAUAUGAAGCAGAGCCUUGUGGUCCUAGGCGACCACAUCAACACCUUUCUGAAGCACUACUGCCGAGCCUGGGAAAUGAAGCACUGGAAGAAGAUGCUCUGGAGAUUCGUCUCCCUCUUCUCGGAGCUGGAGGCAAAGCAGCUUCUCAGGCUCUACAAGUACACCAAGAACAACCAGAACACCAAGUUCCUGGCAGCGUUCUGCCCUUUGGACGCUCCGGAGAGCUGCUUGCUGGCUGACCAGGAAGACAAUCUGCCCAAGCUCUGCAGCGCCUGGGGGCUGCACGGUAACAUCAGCGGCAUGAAGGAGAGGCUGUCCAAGAUGCAGGCCCCCAGCGGCGAGGCCUCCCUGCUAGCGGAGCCAAGGUCCAGGGUCCAUGUGAGGAGAGGUUCUUUAAGGAAACUUCAUCAAACACCAAAACUCAAGAGAAAGAGGAUUAAGGAAGCCCCAGAAACCCCAGAGACCGACCCAUAAGGAGACCUGGCUGGGGCAGAGGGACAGCUCGCCCUGGGUCCCAGAGCACAUGUUUGUCUUCAGACCUCUGCACCUGGGGAGAUGGGGACCCUUGAGGGGAAAGAAUAAACUUGUCUUUAUCAAAAGGA